AUGUCGCAGCAAGCUUCACUCCAGUCCUUUUUCACCCAAUAUAUCCCACAAGGGACAGCCCCCCCACAGAACAGGAACACCCAAAAUCCCGACCCAACCCCACCCGAGGCACAGGAACAGGAAUUUUCCACAACCUUUGCAACAGAAUCCGACUACAACGACCCCUACCAACCGAGAAUUGACUAUCUCUAUCCCAGCACUGUCCCCCAUACUACUCACACCCAGACAGACCUAAAUUACAUCACCUGUGCCAUCAGACAUGCAACCAGCCGGAUCUGCCCACCCUCCGACAGGAUUGAAAUCCUCAAAGAGCAAUCGAUUACACUGCGGAGAACAGUGAAAUCACUGAAACAUCAAAUCGAGGCACAGACAAUGAUGAUCACCAAUAUGCACUCGGCGAUCCAUUCCCUCCUCAACAAGCCCCAACUGCAGCAACAACAACGACAGCAACAACAACCACAACAAACCACCAAAGGCAGCUCCUUAGGCACCUGGGCCGCCGUGGCAUCGGCAGCCGGUCCUGCCCAAGGAAAAUUCCAGGUUGUCGAAAGAAGAAAGAAGCCGGCAAAGCCAAAAGUGGACCCCCUCUUCAAACCAGAGUACACCAAAAUCAACAGAGAGAUCAUUGUUGAAACUACUGCCCCAUCCGACGUCAACCUCUCCGAGAUCAGGACCCUUGUCAAUGCAAGAAUUCAGGACGAAUCCUGCCACUUCAUCUCAACAAGAAGAACAGCCAAGGAUAACUUCAUCCUGGAAACAAAAUUCAUCACCCCAGCAACAAAGGCAAUGGAAUAUGCCAAAGAAACCGAGGAGGCCCUCCUCACCCUACAAGUACCGGUCACCAACAUCCGCGCAAACUCCAAAUGGUCAAAGUUCCUUCUCCACGGAAUCCCCACAACGAUCGGGGAGGGCAUCGAGGCAGGACAAUUGGUAGCAUCCGAAAUCAGAAGCAACUAUGGAGAGAACUUCCAACUUGUCCAGGUUCCCCGCUGGAUCUCCAGAGCAGAGACUCGAAUGGAGAAAACCCACUCAUCAAUGGUCAUCGCCUGCCAUAUCGACUCCUUCCUCCCAACCUUCCCAGACACCCAGUGUGCGAACUGCCUCGAAUACGGCCACCGUCAGGAGAAAUGCAAAAACAAUGGGAAAUGCGGCCAUUGCCCCGGAGAUCACCUCACCAGCUUCCACCCAUGCAAUGAAUGCCAGGGAGGAUAUAAAUGCACCCACACCCCAAUCAGAUGUCUGAACUGCAAAGGAAUCCAUAAGGUCUCUGACCCAGCAUGCCCCGAAAGGGUCAAACGCCGAUUCCUCAACAAAGGAAAGGAGACUGCCUCACCCGCCCAAGACCCACCGGCCGCACCCGUUCAAGAGCCCCGAACCACCGCGCUCGCACAACAACUUAACUGUGCACGGAGCAAAAUAAUCACCAAGGCGGUGGUGGAGGAAGCUGAAACAGACUCUAGUAUAUUUUUCCUAUUACUACAAGAACCAUGGACCUCAACAGAGGGAUACCCACCAGAAUCAAAUCUCUUUUAUCUUUUUACAGCCAGCAACACGAACACAAAAUGCGCAAAAUAUGUCCGCAAACAUGCCAACCUCAAAUCAAAACACCACUACACACAUGAUAAUUUCAUAGUAUCGAUCACGGUAGAAAUCCAGAACAAGAAAACCCAAAUCCUAAAUAUAUACUCCCCAGGGCGAAGUGGCCCCUUUGCUCAAAUAGCAAACACAAUCCAAACCCUCGACAAUUGCCUAGUAAUGGGAGACUUCAACUGCCACCAUCAAAUGUGGUACGGAGUAACCUCACAUGAAUACAGGAAUAACAUUCGAGCAGACCGCGCCAACGGCGUCUACACGCAUUUCCCCAGAGACAGAGGGAAAAGGCCUACAAUCAUCGACCUCAAAUUUGUAAAAGGCUCAACACUUGACCACAACCUACGAUGGGGCACUGAGCCCUACGGAGCGGGCUCAGACCACGGGAGAACCUCUGUCCAUUUACAUUUGGAAAAACCACCAUUUGUACCAAGGCGAAUGUGGCGACAAACAGACUGGAAGCUAUUGGAUAACCACAUAUCAAAUCUUUCCCUCCCUGCAGAGGCAUGGGAAACCAAGGAACAUACGGAACAAACGGUAGAAUUCUUCCUAGAACUGGUCAAGUCAACAAUCAAUAUAGUAACACUACUCUCAAAGGAGGGCGUAAGAGCCAACUCCUGGUGGUUAGAUGAACUGAAACAGAUGAAGGCAAAGGUAAACUCGGCAGAAAGGAAGGCGAGAAGUAUAAAGAAACCCAACCAUGUGGAGCAGUACUGGAAGACGAUGAACGAAGCGAAAGGUAGUGAGGUCUGGAAAAUCCUAAAUGCAGGAAGGAGAAGAGACACAAUCAUACCAACCAUACAAGGUGAAGAAACGUUUGCGGGGAAGUGUCAAGCUCUAAGAGCCCAACUCUUCCCCUCAAAACGGACGUCCCCCGACCAUCCCCCUCUAAACAUUAGACCCCCCUCUUUUGACCUUCGCGACACUUUUGACAUAGUCACCCCCGAAGAACUCAAAAAAGCAAUUGACUCCUGCACAGUGCACUCGGCGACCGGCCCGGAUGGCAUUCCCUAUACCUUCAUCAAAGCGAUAAUUAAGGCAAACACAACUCUGAUCCAAUACAUGUUCUCCGCCAUGCUUCGGCACGGAGUAAAUCCAGCGGAAUGGAAAAUAACAAAAUGCAUCCCGAUCCCGAAACCCGGCAAGGCAAACUAUCACGAAGCAAAAGCCUAUCGGCCCAUCUCCCUCCUACAAUGCUUCAGCAAAAUUCUGGAAAAAAUUGUGGCUCAAAGACUCUGCACCGCUGGAGAAAUCCUAGGCACACUCUCAGCGAAUCAAUUUGCAGGAAGACCAACCAUCUCAGCAAUCGGCGCCCUUUUAAGAACCCUAACGCCAGUACAACAAAACCUACUAUUGAAAAACAGCACCGGAGUCGCCCGGCGGGACAGACCAGCGAUCCUAACCAAUGAUAUCCAGGGAGCAUUUAACUGCGUAGACCACCUACUCCUCGCAGAAAUCAUGCACCAGCAAAAAUUCUCCACAUACCUAACAGAAUGGUGUAAGGAAUUCAACACCGGCAGAAAACUACAGUUCCAAUUUAACCAUGAACUAGAGGAACCACAGCCCUAUGAGUCGGGAGUCCCGCAAGGUAGCCCCAUGUCCCCGGUACUAUUUAUGAUCUAUGCCGGAGUAAUCCUGGACCCAACAAACAGCCCGAAAGAGAUGGACACUACAUAUAUCGAUGAUGAUGCGCUGGUGCAAAUAUCCAAAACACCAGGUUUCAUUAUCAAAAGAAUGGAGGAACGAAUGAGAAAUAGACUGAUAAAAGCCGACCCACUCCAAAUCAAAUACGACCCAGAGAAAUCUGACCUGAUCUUCUUCCGGCCCACUACAUCAUCCAUACAACAACCUCGACUUCCAGUCAAAAUCAACAACACCACUAUAUACCCCAAGGAGAGGCUGAAAUAUAUAGGAGUCUGGAUAGAUUCGACCCUCUCCUUCCGGCCCCAUAUCGAAGCAGCAAUCGCAAAAGGCCUUAAAGCCCUCCACCAAAUCCGGAACACUGCCUGCCUGCCAGGCAUAACAGUUAAGACAAUCCACCACCUAGUAACACAAGGCUUCCUUCCAAGUCUGCUCUACGGAUCUGAGGCUUGGUGGACUGGCGCAGACCACAUUAUAAGAUCCCUCGAACCACUAUACAAGAAGCUGCCCGGAAAAUACGGAACCAGAAUACUCUGCACCGACGCAACCCACCCCAACAAUGAAUCCCUGAUCGAGCCCCUCCCAUACAGAGAAGCAAAUAUCAAAGGGACAGGCCUGCACCGAAUCGCCUCUCUCUUACUCCCAUACCAAACCCCCGGAAAUAUGAGAGACAAGUGGAACCAAAACAAACUACUAUGCGACCAUCUGUUAGAAGAAGGGAAUAUACAACCAAUACCUAACUACCACCAUCGGGGGGAACUCCGGCCCCCUCCCAAGAUUGCGGAACUCACCCUUACAGAAGCAAAGAAGGUAUUCUGA